CAGGGACUCCUGGACUUUGGGCUCUAGACUACAACUGACUUGAGUGUAUAUAUAACAGUCUGACACACUGACAAACACACUUUAACGCUCAGAGGUACACAAGACAAAAGCAGAAACGCAGUCAUGAAAGUGUCCGUGGUACUAGUCGUUGCAGUGCUGUCUGGCUGCCAUGCCAACCUAUUCUAUGCUGAUGCACCCAAGCCACAGCUGGAAGUGCUGACUGAUGUUUUCUGGGACUACAUUGGCAAGGCCACCCAGACAGCUGAUGACACUGUUGAGAUGAUCAGGAAAUCACAGUUUGGGCAGGAUGUCAAUGCCCGUCUGACAGAGAGUGCCGACAUAGCCAGCAAGUAUGCACUUUCACUCCAGGAGCAGCUUCCCCCUGCAGCCCAGGAUCUGAUCACUAAAGUCACCGCAGAGGCUGACGUGCUGAGAGAGCGUGUGACCCAGGAGCUGAACACCGUCAGGGACAGGCUGGAGCCCUACACCGAGGACAUGAAGGCCCAGAUCCAGCAGAAAGUGGACCAGCUCAAACAGGAGCUGGCACCCUAUGCAGACUCCCUGGACUCUGAGGCCCUGAGAACCACCCUGAUGCAGAAGAGCGAGGAGCUGAAAACCAACCUGGAGCAGAGUGUGAAGGAUCUGCAGGCUCAGCUGGGGCCCUACACUGAUGACCUGAAGCAGAAGGUGGACCAGCACCUGCAGGAGUUCAAGGAGAGUGUGGCACCUGUGACCGAGAAAGUCCAGGUUGAGCUGAGUCAGAGAGCAAAGCUGGUUAAACAAAUGGUGGCCCCCUACGCUGAGGACCUGAGGGAAAAGCUGGACCCCUACGCCCAGGACCUCCAGGCCCAGCUCAUGUCCCUCUAUCAAUCCUUUGUCAAUGCCAACUAAGUCAACCUCUACAUCUGAUCCAUCAUUUAUUGAGACACUGGCCUUGUUUGGUCUACCUCUGUUUGAAGCAUGAAAUAUAAUAAUUUAAAUAUUUGAAUUGUACUGUAAACCAAUUUAAACUGGGUGUAUACCUACAACAUAAUAUUUAUUGCAAGGUGCAAAUAUUGCACCUCUGCACUUGUCAAACAUGUAUAUACUUUGUUUUUAUUAUGUGUUGUGAAGUUGGAAAGUGUAACUUUUUUUGU